AUGGCGCUGCCUACUUUGUACUCUUAUAGCUACGAGCUGGUAGAUACUCGCAACGGGACUAGUCCAUGCCCUGUUGCUCGAUGCAUCCUGCCCGCACCGUCAUCGUGGUUUGCUGCCAGCCUGGACGACGCCACCUGGCAAUUGGCUGCGAAAUCGUAUUCUCCUCUCCUACAAACGUCCUUUCGCAACAUCUCUGCCGUCGACAGUGGAGUGCUGCUUCCCACCUCUCUCGCUGUUGGAGCAUCGAUCACAAUUCCCAUCCUUGACGACAAGCUUCCUCACCGCCGCUUUCUCUCCAAUCGCUCAUCCUUCCUUCCUGACGCUGCCAAUGUUGCUGGCUUUCUAGUGGCGAUGGGAUACGGGCCGGGAUCAUCCAACCAAUACUUCAGCGUCAUGGUUCAGGCUUACCAAGCCUAUUGUGGUGGUAAAGCCAUAGCUGGGGAGGUACGUGCUUGUUUCGCUUCUAAGAGUUCUAUGGACACUUACGUCAAGAGAAAUUUCCCGAAAGCCAAAUUUGUCAAGCUUGCAAAGUUCCAAAGCUCUCCAACAAAGAUCACACUCACCCGCAUUGACAACAUGCCUGCUAUCCAAACCAUCUGCCACAAGAUUGUCUUCCCAUAUGCGGUCUACUCGUGCCACAAGAUUGACAACACGAUUGCAAUCUACGUAGAAGGGCACAUCAGCCAGAAGCCUGCUGAAAAGGAGGUAGCUGUACUCAUUUUUCACGAGGACACAUCUAGCUUCGCUCGAGAUUCUCCAUCUCUGAGGGCGCUCAACAUGAAGCCGGGAGAAGGAGCCUUUUGUCAUUUCUAUGCUGAGAAUGACUUACUUGCGAUUCAGUCUUCACCAUGA